GGACGGGCGCACUUCCGCCGCCGGCGACCGGCCGGGGCCUAUGUACCAAUGGCUGCUGGGGGCCCUCGGCGCCCUCCUCGCCGCCGCCCGCCGCCCCGCGCCGCCCCCGGCCCCGUCGCCGCGCAAGAGGCCGACCCCCAGCAGUCGUCCACCUGUGGAAGAUCCUGACCAGGCUCAACCAAAAAAGCAAAAAACAGAUUACGCCAUCUCUGGGCGUAAAGAGAAAGUUGAAGAAGUUUCUGCUGCGGUGAAGGUGCCAACCAAGGGAAGAAGUAAAUGCCAGAAGGCUUCAGUCAGCCAUGCCGCUCCAAUUACAGAGUCUGCAGAAGAGACUCAGUCGACUUCUUCUGACCCUUCAGCUAAAAGACCAACAGGUUCUGCGCUAGAAGCAGAAAUGCUACAAAUUGAUCAAAUGCCUUGUGGAACCAAUACUUGCUUGAAUAAGGAAACACUGUCCCUUUCUCAUAAGACAAUUCCAUGUCUGAGCACAAGCAGGAAUGGCAAACACCACAUCAAACCUGCUCCAGAUGGCAUCUUAACACUGAGGCCACCCAUUAAGGAACGCGCUGUGCCAGAAUCCACAACUUCGGAAGUCAGCAAAAUGGGGAGGCUUUUCUGUACUGCUGAAGAGGAUGUUCAGCGAGGAGAAAAGGAGAAAUACAAACAGCUCUUGCAACUGGUAAAGGAAAAAUAUCCUAGAAACCGCCCUAAUCCACAGCUGACAAGCUUUGUCAGUGUUCAAGCCUACUCCAAGGAACCAGUGACGACUGUGAGUCACCUGGAAGAACAAAACUAUAGAGGAGAUGUCUAUCCAUAUAUGACACUAAGGACCAAUAUCAGAUGUGCAGAUGUUUGCAACCCACAGUGGCCUCAGAGAAGUGAUAUGAUCAGGUACUACACACCAGCAGAAAACUCUCAUGAACAGGGAAGACCAGUGAAACAAGCCAUUGCAGGGAGACAGCAUGGAGCUGAAACCUCAGAUGAUGUGUUAUGGCAAUUCCAUCUGCCACCUGUUCUGUCCAGAAAAUCAUCUGCCCUUGAUGUGGAAGAAAAGAAAAUCCCAAGCUUGGAAAAAACAGUAGAACACUUUUCUCCGCUCACAGAGGCCAUGGAGAGAGAGGUCAUUGCCGCAUUUGGCAAAGGUGAGCCAGAUGAGAUCAUGAGCAGUGCCUUCAAACUAAAGGUCACUCGUGAGGACAUCCACACACUAAAGAACCUUCGCUGGCUAAAUGAUGAGGUCAUUAAUUUCUACAUGAAUCUUCUAGUGGAAAGAAAUAAGAAGGAAGGAUAUCCAGCAGUCCAUGCUUUUAGUACUUUCUUUUAUCCCAAACUAAUUUCUGGGGGCUACAAAGCAGUAAGAAGAUGGACCAGAGCUGUGGAUCUUUUCAAGCUGGACCUCAUCUUAGUCCCCGUUCACCUGAGAGUGCACUGGGCACUAGUGGUCAUAGACGUCAGAAAGAAGACCAUCAAAUACUUUGACUCAAUGGGACAAAAAGGCAACAAGAUCUGUGAAACUUUGUUCCAAUACCUGCAAGAAGAAAGCCGGGAAAAAAGAAAUCUGGACCUGACUUUUUCGGAGUGGACUCUUCACAGCAUGGAGUCACAUGAAAUCCCUCAGCAAUUGAAUGGAAGUGACUGCGGCGUUUUUAUGUGCAAAUAUGCGGAUUACAUCUCCAGAGACAAGCCGAUAACCUUUACACAGAAUCACAUGCCUUACUUCCGCAAGAAGAUGGUGUGGGAAAUAAUCCAUCAGCAGCUGCUUUGAGACAUGCACUAUUGGAGUAACACUGUGAUCACCUUGGCGUGACUUAACUCUUAUUUUAGUUACUUUUCUAAUAUCUUAUUUGAAAAGGCAGCAGGCACACAAAUUUUCCUCUUUAGGCUCUGAAGUAGCGGUUAAGUUGUUGGUUUUUUUCUCCCCGAUUUUGGAGACAGUAACUCUCUUUGAAAUUAGCUAAUGCACCUUAAGUGCAAGCCAGAAAGAUUGCUGUGACCUAUCCAAGGGAAUGGUUAAGAACAAAUGCUGUGAACCUCUGUCAUUGAGGUGGAUGCUCAUACCUCGCAGCACACAUGGACACGUUAUGGACAAACCCGACUCUCAUUUGUGGUGGUGGUAACAGUUGUGUUUGCCGAACUUAUCUUCCCAAGGACAAAUGUGCUUAGCUACUGUUUCCUCAAGGAGAGUUUUCUUCUGUUUCUGGAACAUCUAUGAUCUACUUGAUUCCUAAAACUGGAUUUGUGAUGACCAUACAAAGAAAGCAUUUACCAUCUUUUGAUUUGUAACAAAUCCAUAGUGAAGCCCCUGUAGUUGGGGUUGGUUUGUUGUUUGUUGUUUGUUUUUGUUAUUUUUUUCUGUCUCCAGGGAGUUAUCUAAUGUGAAAAGAGAAGUAUUUAUUUCUUUUUAUUAAAAUAAAUGUAACUUAUAUAAAGA